CUUGUGAUCUUCCCCAAGGUGUACCAACAUUUUACUGGGAACUUCAGUGAGCUCUAUCGUGAGCAGUACGGCUAUGAUUUUGUUAACAAUGCGGAUGUAAUCCAGUACUCUGGGAAUUCAUCUAGCUUAUCUCACUAUACCAUCAAUCAGAAGUACAAACAGCAUCCAGUAGCCGUAUUUGAUGCGAAUACCGAAUCAGAAAAGUGCAGCGAGAUGAAGAACACUCACAAUUUGCAAAUUUCCGGCUAUGAUGAGCUCAACCUUAAUUUAGAUAGUAUGGCCAAACAGCUAUUGCACCAGCUUGAGCAUGACGAAUCGUUUAUUGAACUAAGAGGCUUUUUCAAAGACGAUAUUAAAACACAACUACGAAAAAGAGUACUCCUGAAACAUUUCUUCAAGUUUGCAGGAACUUCGGUCUGGUUGGAAGAUCACGGAGUGCAUUUCAUGAUUUCACGAGUCCAAUACAGCUCAGGUGGCCUGAAAAGUAGCCCGACCAUGAGCUUGACAUAUGCUCAAGUAUUCAACGAGAAAUGGAAGGAGUUGAAGGAUGUAGAAUUGAUAGUACCCUCAAGAACUCCCAACAGUGAUGAACCCAUGGUGUACAAGAGUAUGAAAUUCCCAUCCUUCCUUCCAAUACCUUUCUACCAUAACGUAAAUUUCCAAGAUGGUAGAUUCUAUGGACCAGAGGAUCCUAGACUCUUGUUAGUGAAGAAUUCCAUGGGACGCGAGGAACCAUUAAUGGUUUUCAAUGCGUUCCAGCGUAAAAUUGACCAAACUACUCUAUCAGAAGAGGGACAGAUGAAUGUGACCUUCGGGUUCUAUCGUCUGAUGUUCCUCUGCUGGCCAUUCCAAUUUCAAAUGGGCAAAGCUGAUGUUGAAGGAGUCAGAAACGAUGCCACAGACCACAUCAUAUACAAUAAAAUUGUAGAGUUGAGACGAGAAAACACCCAUAGAUUGGGUAUACAGAAGAACUGGAGUCCAUUUAUAGACUUGACGGAAAGAGGCGACCACUACGACAAGCACAUAUACUUUGUCUACAGAUGGGCGAAUUUGGAGAUCUUGAAAUGUAAGCUCACUGAUUUCUCCAAGAAUGGAGAAUCACAAUGCUCAUUUGUGUAUAAGCGAGAUCCUAAAUUGAGUGAAGAUGCCGAUGUCGGAGCUCUCAGAGGUGGCACGGAACUUAUUCAAGUAGAUAUUGGAGGUGAUAAAGCUUGGGUGGGAUUUCCUCGAGCACAUUUAAUGAAAUGUGGAUGUGGUAUGAACAUGUACAGACCUAAUUUGGCAGUCCUAGUUCAGCAUGGGCACGAUUAUAAAAUCAGCCACAUUUCUUCAUUUAUGUCUCUUGAUAUACCUGUUUCUGGAUGGAGAGUACCGGAAAAGAAAUGUACUAAAUACGAGGCUGAUGUGUUAAUUCCCAAUGGAAUUUCUUACUGGGAGAAACACGGAGACGAUGACUAUUUGUCUUUAACACUUUCGGUUGCAGAUGAUUCUGUUCACGUAAUCCAGAUCAAGAAUUUGCUCCAGCAAGUCAAGGAUAUGACCAAAACAGAGAAUAGCAAUUUAGGAUACCAUGAGAAUUCUAUAGAAUGUGCUAUUAAGAUGUCUGAAGAUUUUUGCAAAAAAUACGGAAACGAGCAAAAGAAGUUGCAAAUAGCCCAGAGUAGAAAGACAGAGAGAUGA